AUGUCACAUCAAGGUUGUCGACGGUCACGCACUGUAUUGCUCGUGCUGGUCUACGUGGAUGACGUGUUGGUCACCGGCAGCUCGCUCGAGUUGAUUGCGCAGGCCGACCUCAAGACGCGUUUCGAGAUGACCGACAGUGGCAAAUUGUACUUUUGUACUGGGCAUCGAACUGGUGGAGCGAAUCGGAUGGCAGCGUGA